CGAGGGUCUUUAAAGUAAUUCCUCUUUGUUUUGCAACUUGUAUAAAUGCCAUUGUACUACUCUUCAGGGCACAGUGUCGCUGUGAUCAGGUUGCCUGUAAUAUGAAGUUAUUCGUACUUAUAUGUUUGGCUAUUUUCGUCCACUGCAUUUCUGCUCAAGGACGACCUAGAGCCAUACCAUCCCCAUCUUCAGGAAAUAGUCAAGACGGGAAAGCUAGGAUAUUAAGCGGGAACAAUGAAUUCAAUUUCGACGGCACCUACCAGUGGAGUUUUCAAUCCGACAACGGCAUCUCCGCCCAGGAAAUAGGUCAAAUCAAGAAUGCCAACUCGCAGGAACCCAUCGAAGAAGCGCAAGGCGGCUUCGAGUACACGGCACCGGACGGUUCGCCCAUACAACUCCGGUAUAUCGCCAACGAAAACGGUUUUCAGCCGCAGGGCGCCCACCUGCCGGUCGCGCCGCCCAUCCCCAUAGAAAUCCAAAGGUCUUUGGAAUGGAACGCCGCUCAUCCGGAGGAAGACGACGACGGAAAAGGAUCGCCCAGACGGUUUUAGAGUUUAUUUCUUGUUUAUUUUCGAAUGAAGAUUAAUUGAUUAUAAUUGAGAACGAUCGGAGCACACCUGAUUCAGUAUUAUUGAAAAAUGUUUAGAACGUGUAUAUUUGUUAUUGUAUUUAUAUGACGUUUUAUUGUAGGUACUAUAAACAGUAGGGAUGUGUAAGUGGAGGAACUUAUUUACAUCAGAGUGGAAACAGAAUUGCUAUAAUCGGUUGGAACAUUGAUAUAAUUAAGCAAAAGGAAAAAAAAUCAUUAGCUCACAAUUAACGCUAAUAGUUAUAUUGCUACAAUUUAUUUAUAUUAUAUUUCGAAAUGGAAUUUACUAAAAUAUUAUAGGUACCUAUAUGAUGAAGAUACAGUAGAUAUAAUAAGAAAAUCAGUUAAUCUUUAUUUGCACAAAUAUUUAUGAAGUAAUGUCUUAUUGUUUUUAUGCUAUGCAUGUAAAUAGGAUUAGAAAUACAAUUGUUGCACUUUUUUCCUUUUAUAAACA